AUGGGGAACACUGCUGACUCCCUCAGUCAACUAAUAAGCUUCCCACUUGUCCAGCCAGAGCAGAUGAUGGGGCCCCAACACCCCUACCUAACACCCUACGCAAUUGGGCCAUACCAGGCAGAGACCUAUGAUUCUCUGCGGUAUCACAUCAAUCGACUCCAGGGGAUUCUCAACGCCACAGAAACGGAUUUACAGCAAACCAAAGGUAAACUUGAGGAAGCCCGUGCCGCAGCCCAGCGUGACCGCGACUUGAUUCGCAAGAUGGAGAAUCGAAUUGCCGAGCUAGAAGACACCGUUAGCAAGCAGAAGUCAACAAUAAGCACCCAGAGCAAGACGAUUUCUUCCACCGUAAAGUCCCAGCAUCGCGCUCUGUCUUUCAGCUUCACCACUCCGCAGCACCAUUGGACGAACGGCCAGGAAGCGACUCGCGUCUCCCGUUAUCAACACGUCUUUAAUAACCCGCCUCCGAAAUUUGGGCUUGGGGAUCCAGUCACCCCUAUCUCUACAGGAAAUCAGGCUACUAAUAUCACCAGUAGUGCCAGUUCUACUGCAAAAUCUACUACCAUGUCUGCGAUCGAUCGUCUGAAUGCGUUUGUACCCCCUAUCGGGCCCAAGGCUGCUGCGGAGGAGAAAGCCAUCCCCCUAUCGUCCCUGCCCAGGAACCCGCCGGAAGUUUCAUUCCCUAUUCCAAAAAUCAGAGGCAUUUGGACAGCUACUCAGUAUCCCGGCCUUCUGGCAGAUCCAACGACGCGCUUCGUUCUCCUGGUCAAAGCGAUCAACGUUUUUCUUAUCAGCAAGGUGCUUCGCAUGGGUGUCGUUAUCGGCUUCGAUUCCACUGCAGACUCUGAGAUCGGCCAGAUGAUGUCGCUUUUGUAUCCAGACGCCCCCACCACGGUCCGUGCCCUCCUCUACGAAGCCAUGCGCCGCCAAGUCAACCGCAUCCGCAACAAACCCCUCUUCACAAACUUCUACAACAAGCGCAAAAACGAGCACGCAACGGCUCUCUUCCGCCUCCUCUCGCCCCUCGUGCAGCGCAACCACCCAAAAAUCUGGACCGACUUCGUCGCCAUCAUCGAAGAAGCACACAAUCUCGCCCUGACCAUGUUCUCCGGCCCGUACGAGUUCCAGCUCCACUUCGCGGAAGUCGGCGACCUGUUCGACGCGCAUUCGAUGUUCAAUCGCGAUGCGACGCUGGUUCGCAGCGGCGGCGUUGGCGAUCCGCAGACGCUGAUGAGGAAAUGCCACCGCGUGAAGCUGGGCGUUACGCCGACGAUUUGGUUUCGGAAUAAUUCUGUACCGAUGAAUGAGCCGAUGCAGAUUGUCAAUAUGGGCCAUGUUAUGCUUUCGCCGAUGGCGGUGAAUGGGUAG